AUAAAUAAAAUAUCACUCUUUCCCACUCCUCUUUCUCCUCCGUUUCUCCCGCACUCCCCAAAACCCUACGACCCCUACGGAAGAGGCAGCUUGCUCUCCGACCGAGCUGCCAUGGCACCAGCGCCGCCUCGGCCCUUUGCCUCCAUCUUCUCCGCGGCAGCCCUCUCCUCGUCGAUGCAGUACAUGCUCCUCCAGGCGGCGUGCGAUGGCGACCUCCGCCUCUUCAAGAGGCUGGUGCGAGCGCUCGACAAGGGCAGAGGCCGCCUCAGGGAGGCGGUCGAAGCGGCAAGGACGGACGGUGGCAACGGUGCCCUGCACCUCGCCGCGGGCAGCGAGCAGCUUGAGGUGUGCAGCUACCUGGUCGAGGGGCUGCGCGUGGAUGUGAACGUCGUCGAUGACGAGGGUAGAACACCUCUGGUUUAUGCGGUGGUCAGUGAAAACGCUGCUGUUGUCAAGUAUCUUCUUGAUCAUGGUGCUGAUCCAAACAAAGCUGACAAUGAUGGGCUAGCUCCUCUACAUUCUGCUGCUGGAAUAGGACACUGUGAAAUGGUAGAGCUGUUGCUUGCAAAGGGAGCUUAUGUAGACCCGUUAGCUGAUGAAUGUGGGACACCACUGCACCUUGCUGCUAAGGAAAGGCAAGCUGGUACUAUGAAAAUUUUAUUGGACCACAAAGCAGAUUGCAACAAGACAUACAUGAUAUAUGGACUGUAUGGUAUGACACCCCUCUUUCAGGCUAUAAACGUUUCAUCAGUGAAAUGUGUGAAGCUCCUGGUUGAGGCUGGUGCUGAUGUCAGUUCAGAUUGUGUCUUAACUUCUUUAACUGAUUCUAAUCUUGGAAAUGAGGGCUCAACUGAGUGUUUAAAUUUCCUACUGGAUGCUAUUGCCAGUAGUAAUGUUCCUGAUGAUGAUCAUGUGAAGAAAAGGAAAAUAUCACUGAAGUCACUAGGAAGCAAGGCAGUUGAGAAAGAGGAUUAUUUUUCUGCAUUAUCAUUCUACAGUAAGGCAAUGGAUCUUGACCCUGAUGAUGCUACCUUGUUCUCAAACAGGAGCCUUUGCUGGCUUCGCAUGCGUGAUGGACAAAAGGCUUUGCUGGAUUCUCUUGCAUGCAGAGAAAUGCGGCCUGACUGGCCAAAGGCCUGCUAUCGGCAGGGUGCAGCUCUGAUGUUACUGAAUGACUACAAGAGUGCAUGCCAAGCGUUUUUCGAUGGACUUAUGUUGGACCCAAAGAAUACUGAAAUUGAGAACGCACUAAGGCAAGCAAUGCAAUCCUUGAAGGUAUCUGAAGGAACUAAGGUUAAAUGAACGUGCACGGGUGUUGAAGAUUGUUCGGAACACUCAUGAAAGUUUGCUAGCUAUAUGGAUCCAUGAACCACUAUAUAUCCUCUUUUGAAGUGAACUAAUUAGUCAGCUGCUGAAAUAUCGUGAUGGGUCUUGUGCAAUAGUAUGUAGCCAUUCUAAUCUAGUGUAUGUAUAUAUUCCUCGAGAGGUAGAACAUUUGCACAACUACCCUGCCCACUGGGAGUGCUUCACGUCCGUUGCCACUAGCCACUGGUACCCCAUUGUUAUGGCGACUAUUCACUUAAGACUUAACUGAUUUUGUUUAUCACGAGUUAUGGACGACACCCAGUAUACUAUAUUGGUUAAUGCCUGUGCAGAGUGAUGUCCAAGCAUGUGGUUCGAAUGAUCAAAUCUA